UGGAUAUGAAAGUGAUGGAAGACAGAUUUAUGAUGCCUUCAAAGGAAUGACUUGUCAUCAAUGCCGGUACGAGGAGCAUGUUCUUGAAGCCAAUGAGAAUCCAAAUUGGGUUUGCCCUGUGUGUCGUGGAAUUUGCAACUGUAGUUCAUGCCGGAAAGCAAAAGGAUGGGCUCCUACUGGCCCUCUUUAUAAGAAGGUAAGUCCAUCAGUUGUGCAUUUUCUUGCUCAGACAUUUUUUCUAUUGUCUAAGCUUCUUUGUCCACUUCCCAGAUAAAGAAAAUGGGGUUCAAGUCGGUUGCACAUUAUCUCAUUCAAACCCGGCGUGCACAAACCAAUGUCGAAAAGGUUCCAGAUAAUAGUGAUCAAGUUUCUGCUAAGAGGUCAUUGUCUUGCCCUGCUCCGGAAUUGCCAUCAGAAGAAUCUCCCGAGGUUAAUGAUAAUCAGCUUGUAACAUCAAAGCCUCAUACUGGGGAGGAUGGCUUCAACAGUGAGAACAAAGAAUACAA